AUGGAUAGAGGUAGCGCCCUGCCUGCGGAGAUCUCGCCGCAGCUGCUGCGGCCGUUGGCAUACAGGGUUCUGUCCAAAAAGUACGGUCUCCAUAUCAAAUCUGAUGGGCUGGCACAGCUGGCCAAGUUUAUUGGGAAUGCGUUCGGGGUUGACUGGCGGCGGAGCGCAGAGACGAUGCAGUUCUUGGAGCGGUUUGCGGCGAUCUGGAGAGAGCAGGAGCGCGGGCUGUUUGUGGAUGCGCUGGGUGUGGAUGCGGUGACGCAGGAAUUGCGAGAACGGAACAAGACUGCGAAGCAGCGGCGGCCCGCGAGAGCACGGGAGACUACUCUGGACGCACUUGUGCGGCCGACAGAGGCAUACAGUGCGGUGGAGAGCUCCGGGGGCGAUGUGACGGCGACUGAGCCUAUGGAUGAGGACACGGUACGCGAGGAACCGCUGGACUGGACGCACUACUUCAAGGUGAUUGACACGUUCAGCCAGCAGCAGUUCACAUACGAUGUAACUAAGAGGCGGUAUCGGCUGGUGCAGCAGCGCGAGUCGGCAGCGGGGCCACUAUCUACGUUGCUGCGCAUUCCCAGUCUUGAAGCCAACCUGGCGCAGUUUCCCACGCGCUACCAUCUGGUGAGGGACCGUGUGCUACGCAAUGCGAGCUUUCAGAACGACGAUGUGUACAAUCCGCUUUCUUCCAUGCAGCAGCUCCAACAGCAACUGGAUGCCGGCGGUGCACCCCUCGCUUCCACUGCUUACAUGUCAAUUACACAGAUAAAGAACCUGCUGGGACGAGAUGGUAAGAACUUUUUGCUAUUGGGACUCAUUCGGAAAGAUAGCAAGGGGUUCUGGUCGCUGGAGGACCCAUCAGGCAGUAUUGAGAUCGACAUCUCGGAAACCUAUCCCACGAAAGGCACAUACUACGUUCCUGGGUGCAUUGUGCUAGCUGAAGGUAUCUAUAGCUCUGCAGGAAACCGAUUCCGCGUAUCAUCCAUCACACACCCUCCAGGUGAACGACGAGAGGCAUUUUUGGAGGCGAUCGGGAAUCUGGAUCUGCUAGGAAUCCACGGCCCAUCUAACGAGAGCUACAUCUCGCGACUGGACAAAGAACUGAAGAUACGGCUUCACUACCUAGAAAAAGAGUUGACAGAUCAUAGAUUCGUAUUCCUGGGCGGCAAUAUAUUUUUGGAUGAUACUAUGACGGAAACCGCGCUUGCCAAGCUCUUUGAUGUGCUUGAGCAUGAUCCGCCUACCGUGCUUGUACUUCCGGGAUCCUUUACCUCUACCCCGAUUUAUCCUUCAUCCGACAGUAAGUCUAGCAGCUCAACUGCUGCAUACAGGGCUAAUUUUGAUGCGUUAGCAAAAUUACUAUCAAAGUAUGAGCGUUUGAUCAAUGAAACUACCUUUGUAUUCAUACCAGGAGAUAACGAUCCCUGGGGGUCAAUGGCCUACCUCGGAGUGGCAGGCACGUUGCCGCAACAUCCAAUACCUGGUGAUUUUGUCACCAAAGUUAACAGAAUAUGCAAGCACGUUGUGUGGGGAUCCAAUCCAACAAGGAUCGCCUACUUGUCUCAGGAACUUGUUAUCAUGAGAGAUGAUAUGUGCAACAGGUUUAAGCGCAAUAGCAUUAUUUUCCCAACAGUGGAAGAGGAACAGAAACAGGAAUACAUGCUGUUACAGCAGGAGCUCCAGGAUGAUGAACGUAGUUCGGAUCUCUCCAUUAGUCAACUGAUUAAGUCCAGGGACCAAUUGCCUGCCAGUGUCCAGGAGUCCAGGAAGAUAGUCAAAACCAUCCUCGAUCAGCAACACCUUUCGCCCUUUACCUCGCAGGUGCGCCCUAUAACGUGGGACUAUGACUACACGUUGCACCUGUCCCCAAUACCCUCCACUAUGAUCAUUUGCGACCCAACUGCACCGAAAUAUGAUGUUACUUACAACGGCUGCAAGAGUAUCAAUCCAGGCUCAUUUCUCCACAAGCGGAGCGUCAACUAUACUGAGUACACUCCUUCGUUACGGAAAGCAACAGAGGAAGAAAUUGUCGUGUAG